CUGACAAAACAGAAAAGCAAGCUUCGAAUUUUCCUCGUCCAGCAUUGCUGAAUGAAACUACUGAUACAUCAUCAAUAUCCAGUAGGUUGUACAUGCUACUUGAAUAUUUCACAUGCCAUUUUAGUGGGUUAAACUGCAAAAGCGGAUACAGUGUUGUAACUGCAUUGACUCAACAACAGAAAAUAGAUCUCUUAGUCAUGUAAAAAUGACGCCCACCACCAAUCUCCGAGUCCUCGCUGUCUCCCUGCUCUCCCUCCUUACUGCCCCGCUCACCACUGUUGUGGAGACCUCUCCGUCCCCCCCUCCUCAGCACAUAGACCGCUCAGGGAGGCCUUUCACCGAGCAGCCCAAGAUCGGCCCUAGCCCUUCUCUCCUGCUCCUCGCCAUGCAGGCCAAUAUCAGGCCAGCUGCCCUGCAAGGCAGGACCAAAACCCCUGAGAACUUUCCAGAAACCUCAGAGGGAGUUCUGGAGGCGCCUCCAAGACCCCUUCCCCAGAUCAUGUUCCCCAAGAAUGUGACAUCAUCAGAGGCCCUUGCACCUCCCUUAGGCGCCGCCCAGGUAGCGCCCAUUCGACCACGCAUGAUGGACAUAUGGAUGGAUGUAUGUCGGGGUUAUUAUGACGUAAUGGGACACUUUGACAGCGCUUUCAACUGCUCCAAGGACACCUUCGUCUUUUGCUGUGGAACCUGCCACUACCGCUUCUGCUGCCCAGAGCGAAGCCGGCAACUGGAGCAGGACAGCUGUAAAAACUAUGACUCUCCAGACUGGGCCAAGCCGCAGACAGACGCCAUGAUAUUACCAGAGGAAUUAGGUAAUGACCCAGACUUUGAUCCACUGAAGCAGCAGAGCCACAACACGGGCUUCGUCAUCGGAGGCGUGAUCGUGUUCAUGGUGGCUGUCGCCGUGGGCAUCAAGGUGGUCUUCAACAAGGUGCAACAGGAAGCCAACCAAAGGGACCUCAACAUGCCCAGAGCCCUGGUCGACAUGUUGCGGCACCAGUCGAGCCCAGUCCAGCAGGAUGAGAGGAACAACAGCGUGGCUCUGACUGUAGGGGACGGAACAGGGACACUGGGGAGACCUCCGAAAAAUCUUUACGCUCCAGGACUGCCCAGCAAGGACAACAGAUUGGGCAAUUUGCAACACAAUUUCAUCCACCCAGCAGGCACCAGCCCCAAACACACCGCAACUAUCGAACGCACCCCUCGGAUGAACAAUGCUCAGCUGGCAGCUGGAGGCACCCUGCUUUCCAGUAAGCACAACAACACCAAAUCCCAGCCUUCCUUCCACCACUCCCUGCACAACCUGGCUCAGCUGCCGCCGUCCUAUGAGAGCGCCACCAAGCCUGAGCUCAACAGAUACUCCUCGCUCAAACGCCUCGAGAAAGGUCUUGAUGAGUACUCGUCUGGUUACUGCACCACCAAGCGCCGGCCCCACACAGCCCAGCCAGCCCUUCAGUCCUCUCAGCACCACCUCCACUGGGGUGGAGACUACACCCUCAGUGGGAGAGGAACCCUCCCAAGGCAUGCAGUCCGUCCCUGGAUCCCGCCGCCGCCUUCUGGCAUGCCUGCCUCGCCCACCCCCAAUCCGUACCCUCUGGAUCCUCCGGAGCCCCAGUUCAACCCCAAUUAUGACACUCUCUCCAAGCCUGCGAGGAAAGUGAAGUCCACUGACCAGCUGCUCAACAUGGGUGAUGUCCCUGGCAACACGGGGACCCUGUCCAGGUUGUCCAAGAACCAGCAACACCAGUACUACAAAGCCAUGGCUGCCUCCAAUAAGAACUCCAACACGCAGACCCUCACCAGGAAGCCCGGGGACAGGCAGAACAGGGAGGACAGGCAGAACAGGGAGGACAGGAUGAACAGGGAGGACAGGAUGAACAGGGAGGACAGGAUGAACAGAGAGGACAGGAUGAACAGAGAGGACAGGAUGAACAGGGAGGAAAGGCAGAACAGGGAGGAGAGACAGGACCGGCUGCUCAUGUCCCCAGAUCAUUUGGAGGAGAGGAUGGGUGGGAUGGGGGUCGUAGAUCCAUACGCCCACACAGGAGGCAUUGUCCCCACGCUGCCUCGCCAGCAGAAGGCCCAGUCCCAGCAGAACGUCUGCGCCACGCCCUCUCUUGACCGACACCACAUGAUCAAGAUGAACUCUCACCCCACAUCCGGACGGGAGCAGGAGAGGAACACGGCCAUGACGGGGCACAUGAGCGGGGGCAUGGGCUGGGGCGGGGCGGGGGCAGGGGCGCCGGAGGGCCCUGGGGCAGGGGUAGUCAUGGGAACGGGAACACUAGGGGGCCACAGCGCCAGGAGGAUGGCUUUUGCAGCGAAAAGGCAGAACACCAUUGAGCAGCUACAUUUCAUACCAGGAGGGGGCGGCGGGGGGUCGGCAGGAAGUGGAGGGGGAGGAAGUCAGGGGAUCAGGACAGGGAGUAAAAAUGAGGUGACGGUGUGAGGUUUGUGCCUAAUGUAGAGUUUACCCCUCAUCAGCGGUGUGGGAAUAGAUCACCCUUCUGCAUUUAACUAUUACAUAUACAACUACAAGAAAUAAACCUAGCAGUAUCAAGUAUAGUAACGGUAUAACGUGCUUAGGCUAUUCAAAUUAGUGUUAUCUUGUAAUUAAAUAGCUUCAAUAUGAUUACUUAAUUAAAAAUCUAGGUGGGGAAUGUCUGUUCCAAUUAUGUGAUAGCCUAUAUCAGCCAUAUUUUGUAAUAAGAUUUGCCAUACUGCCAUAUACAGCGGUGCCAUUACUUGUAGAAAGACUGACUGAAAGGGUGAAACAAAACCAACAGAAGUGUCGUUGAUAAUUUUGUUUUUAUAUAUGUUUUUCAAAAAGUACUCAGGAGCCAUAUUAGAUAGGAAACGAGAUUAUAUAUAUACAUAUAUAUACAUUCAUAUAUAUGUAUAUAUUAAAUACAUAUUAGGUUGAUGAAGAGGAGGACCAUCAUGUGGAAUAUUGUAUCACAGAAUUUAACAGAGAAUCAAGCCAACUACCUGCUGAACUGUCGACCUGCUCAGCUCUCACCGACUAUGAUUUAUCAGACUGAAGCUCAUGGGGUGAGAAGCAGAUGAGUGUGAAUGAACUGCGUGUGUCUGGCGAGGGAUUUUGGAGAUCUGACACCCUCAUCCUGACACGGGGAGACAGAACUGAUUUUUGUCGCCUCCCAUGUAAAUGAGCGGACGAGGCGGGGGCUGCCUCUGACUGGGACACUGCAGCCUGACACUGUUGACAGGACUUCGCGCCCGAUUUAAACCACAAACGCUACCACAUUACCAAUCUGACGCCUGGGUUGCCUAGUUUUCCAUGUGACCUUAGAUCCCCAGAGGGACUCACACUCUGAUUCACACCACAGGAGUGUAAACUGAUGUUAGAGCAUGGGUGUGUUUCCCCUCUAAUGUGCCCAUCUCUAGAUCAGGACCUAACUGUAAAAAAACAAUGGGCUACCAAAUAAUAUAGAGCCAUCUGUCACGUUAUUACAGAAAAACAUCUUGACGAGUCAAGAGACGCGUGUGUUCAGUUUACCAAUAACAAAAAGAGGCAACGUGCUUUAAUGCAUGUUGUGCAUGGAGAGCAAAGGUUUUUCUACAGAGCACAAAUGAAGCGUGACGCAGAGGUUGCACUUACACAACUGUCCUUCAAAGCCAUUUAUGGAGAUACAAAGAAAAUACCACAGAGGAAGCUGGUCUGACAAUCACCGUUUUAUUAUUCUUGCCAGGUGACAAAUUAUACAAGUCAGUGAUAUUUUGUACAGUCAAAGGGAUUGGCUUCAGAGCAAGCCAAAAAAAACCCCCACCUCUGAGUCAGGAGAGAGAAGGCGACCUGAGGCCUUCUCCUGCGUGGCUCCGUACGCCGUAAGAGACUCGGAUGGUUAAGGAAGCCCUCGCCAUCCUCACGACGAAGACCUUGCUGUAUCAUAACGCACUUCAGCCAGUAUGAGUAAAAAAAAAAAAAAAAAAUACAAACAAAAAAAAACAGAAAAGAAAAAAAAAUCAUCAAUAACAAUGCUUAUCAAUACUAAGGGCUAUCCUAUCCUAUAUACUGUAGUAUGUGAUAUCUGUGGUCCAUAUAAAAUGCUAUCUCUUUCUCUUGAUUUUGUGUUGAUAUUGUCAUGAUGUAUUAAGUAUUAAUGUGUACAAAAAACAAGAGCAAUUUAAGCACAGUUCAAAGAGAAACACAGAGACAAAAAAGAAAACUUUGCACAAAUCUAUCCCCUGAUAUUUGCACCAGAUACGGACUUUGUAUCGUGUCCUCGAGGUUUACAUUCUGUACAGUGUGACUGAUCAAUGGAGGGUGUUGUAUCGAGACAGACAGAGGAUCUUUUUCUUUUUAAUCAACAUGAAAUCAGAGAUAAUUACGCAGGCGAUCAAAGAAGAAACUGCUCGGUUUACGUUGGGCGACGUGAGAGGAUACAGAGGUGAAAUACUGCCAAACAGAAACACAGAUUUCAUUCAGACAAUCUUCCUAUACACAGUGCUAAAUGUAGUUGUUAUGAAUAUGAUGGAGUGUUAUUAUUAAUAAUUAUUAUAACUGUUAUGGUUAUUAUUAAAAUUAUCUUAUGAUGUGAUGUUCUUUUACUUGGUGGGAUUUAAGUGUUUAUUGUUUUUUAGAUAACUAGCAUUCUCAUGACUAGUUGUUUUUUUUUUUUGUUUUUUUUUUUUCAUACAUCUGGUCAUAAAUUUUUAAGAACAUUCCAGAUCUUGAUGCAUGCCAGCUCCAUUUCAUUGAGAGGCAGUUACAGUAUGCCGGGAUUUUAAGGUCAUCGACACUUAUUAUAUGGCCAAUUCUCCAGCUGUGUGUACUGUGCCUAGACAUCGGCCUUACGACUUCUUGAUCUCAAGUGAUUACUUAGGUUUCCACUCGGGUACAAAAAUAUCUAUUGAAAAAAUCUGCAGCCUUCUAAACGUAUGUGUAGACGACAAUGUUUCAACCGCCAGUGACGGAUAGAUGUGUUCAGAACGAGUUAUUAGGAGUUAUUAGCCAGACUGGAGACGGCCUGUUGUCUCCACUGCAGCAGCCUGACCCAGAAACAUAUUAUGGGUUGUACACACAAAGCCCGUAAUGCCAUAAUGUGUGUGUGUUCGGAUGAAUGUUUGUUACAAAGGGGUGGAGGAAAGCAGAGGUCUAAUGGAAACCUGAAUGCUUUGAGUGUCUUUUUCAGGGAAAUAGGACGGAUGACAUACAGUAGUAUUAGAUUUUUUUAAUAGAGCCACAAAAGGUCUGUAGCAAAGUCUGUAAUAUCUCACAAGCCAUAUCCAUCGAAACUCAUCAUCACGAUUUUAUAAAUGGUUAAUCUAAUUUGUGCAAGUAUUGUAUUUUGUAUAGCUAGUACAAUCAGAAUAUUUUGAGUGAUCUCUUCGGCAUUAAUUUGAGGAUUCAACAAAUUAUGUGUUAGUAUUUAAUGAAUUGUACAGUGCCAAACUCAUAACAUUUUGUUGUCUUUCUAUUGCCAUAGGCCUCCUACAAGACUACAGGGGUUGUUUAUUUUUCACAACUGAGAACUAACACACGGGCAAGCGAAGCUACAUGAGCUAGUUGUGAGACAGAAAUGAAUGAAUAUGGUGUGUGUUUUUACCAUUAUGAAUUCAUUUAGAGAGAGGAUGGUUUUAAUGGCCACCUGAAAUGUGAAGCAUUACUAACAGUAAAUUGUACGAACAGGGACUGUGUCCACUAAUGAAAUUCAUGGAUUUAUUUUCAUGCCUAUAAAUUUCAAAACGACCCUUUUGUUAUUGUUCAAUGCAUUGAUCCCCUUGGAUACGACAGUGACUUACCAAGAAUUUGUAUAAUAA